GAAAGCUCAGGAAAUCAUCGGCGAGUGGGCGGAAAAGCGCGGUAUUCAUGACCAGCUGGUUAUUGCUACAAAUGUAUAUUGUUCAUGACGCUUCACGGGAAUUCUCUUCGAGCUAAUGGUUAUAAUUUGGACAGUACACUAUGAAUUUCAAACGAAGCACCUCUGAGGCGCAGAAGAUUCCUACACCGGAAACAACGUCAAGUCGAUGCGCAUCAGUGUAGAGGUGAACCUGAACAAACUUAGGACGUCUUACAUCGACAUCUUAUAUUUCUGGUGGGACUUCGACACCAGUGUUGAGGAGGUCAUGAAUGGGUUGCACAUCAUUGUUCAGCAGGGCAAAGUUCUCUACCUGAUAACCCAUAUUAACACCCCUGUCACAUCAGUUUAUGAAACCAACUUUAUUAGGGUAUCUUCGAUACACCUGCCUGGAUUGUGUCCAAGGCAAAUCAAUAUGCUCGCGACCACGGGAAGACCCCCUUAGUGAUCUAUCAAGGGAUAUAGAACGUAUUGCUCAUUUGAGCGCGACAUAAUUCCGAUGGCACGCACCGAAGGUA